ACCAGACUCCCAGUCACCAGGGUUCCUGUCCAGCCAUCGCCUGCCUUUUCUAAGGAUGAGCCAGCUUUACCUAUGGGUGACAUGCCAACCUGUUCAUGCUGCCAGUAUCAGAGGAGUCCUCACUGGUGCCUUCUUCAUUCUAGGCUGCUGGGGGCUCCCUGAUUUCCAGAAGGGUUUUCUUCAAGGUCUGGAACCCAAGGAGGUAUCCUCUUACUUUGGCCACCACGCUGCUGCACUCACAGGCCAUCCUUCCUCUCACCUCCGGAGACUGAGAUGGAGAAGGACUUUGGGGGACAUUCUGCAUCUGGAACUGCUGGUAGCUGUGGGUCCCGAUGUCUACCAGGCUCACCAGGAGGACACAGAGCGCUACGUGCUCACCAACCUCAACAUCGGGUCAGGACUGCUGAGGGACCCAUCCCUGGGGGUUCAGUUCCAGGUGCACCUGGUGAAGCUUAUCAUUCUCUCUGACUCAGAGAGUACUCCAAAUAUCACGACCAACAUCACCUCAUCCCUGAUGAGUGUCUGUGAGUGGAGCCAGACAGUCAACCCCCACGAUGACAAGGAUCCAAGUCAUGCUGACCUGAUUCUCUAUAUAACUAGGUUUGACCUGGAGUUGCCUGAUGGAAACAAGCAGGUUCGGGGGGUCACCCAGCUUGGAGGUGCCUGCUCCCCUUCCUGGAGCUGCCUCAUCACUGAGGACACUGGCUUCGACCUAGGGGUCACCAUUGCUCAUGAGAUUGGGCACAGCUUUGGCCUGGACCAUGAUGGUACUCCAGGUAGCGGCAGCACCUGUGAGGCCAGUGGCCAUGUGAUGGCGUCUGAUGGCGCAGUGCCUACUGGAGGGGCCCUGGAGUGGUCCACCUGCAGCCAAAGGCAGCUGCAGCACCUGCUCAGCACAGGGCAAAUGCACUGCUUCUGGGACCUGCCUGGGCUACAAGCAGGACUUUCAUGGCCCCAGCUGGUGGUGCAGCCUGGCCUCUACUACAGUGCAGAUGAUCAGUGCCGUGUGGCUUUUGGCUCUGGGGCUGUCGCCUGCACCUUCUCCAGGGAGGGUCUGGAUGUAUGCCAGGCUCUAUCCUGCCACACGGACCCCCUGGACCAAAGCAGCUGCAGCCGCCUCCUUGUUCCUCUCCUGGAUGGGACAGAAUGUGGUGUGGAGAAGUGGUGCUCCAAGGGUCGCUGCUGCUCUCUAGCCCAGCUCACCCCUGUGGCGGCGGUACAUGGACACUGGUCUAGCUGGGGCCCCCACAGUCCUUGCUCCCGAUCCUGUGGAGGAGGGGUGGUUACCAGGAGACGGUGGUGCAACAAUCCCAGGCCUGCCUUUGGGGGACGUACAUGUGUGGGUGAGGACCUCCAGGCCAAGAUGUGCAACACACAGGCUUGUGAGAAGACUCAGUUGGAGUUCAUGUCCGAGCAGUGUGCCCAGACUGACAGCCGGCCAGUACACCUUUCCCAAGGCAGUGCCUCCUUCUACCACUGGGACGCCGCCGUGCAGUAUAGCCAAGGGGACACUCUGUGCAGACACAUGUGCUGGGCUGUCGGAGAGAGCUUCAUUGUGAGCCGUGGAGACAGUUUCCUAGAUGGGACCCGCUGUGUGCCAAGUGGUCCUCGGGAGGAUGGGACCCUGAGCUUGUGUGUGUUGGGCAGCUGCAGGACCUUUGGCUGUGAUGGCAAGAUGGACUCCCAGAAGGUUUGGGAUGCGUGCCAGGUGUGCGGAGGAGACAACAGCACGUGCAGUAAACAGAAUGGCUCUUUCACAGCUGGGAGAGUCAGAGAAUAUGUCACAUUCCUGACAGUUACUCCCAACAUGACCAGCGUGCACAUCGUGAACCGCAGGCCUCUCUUCACACACUUGGCGGUGAGGACCCAGGGGCACUACAUUGUGGCAGGGAAGACCAGCAUCUCACCUAGCAUCAUAUACCCUUCCCUUCUGGAGGACUGCCGUGUGGAGUACAGAGUGACUCUCACUGAGGACCGGCUGCCCCACUUAGAAGAGAUUCACAUCCGGGGACCUGUCUGGGACGACAUGGAGAUCCAGGUGUACAGACGAUAUAGAGAGGAAUAUGGGGAUCUUACACACCCAGACAUCACCUUUACCUACUUUCAACUGAAGCAGGAAGCCGUUUGGGUAUGGACUGCUAUACGUGGACCCUGCUCAGUGAGCUGUGGGGCAGGGCUGCGCUGGGUGACCUACAGCUGCCAAGAUCAAGCUCAAAAGGGGGUGAAUAGUACCCUGUGCCAAGGGAGCCCACAGCCACCUGCAUGGCAAGAGCCCUGUGUCCCUGCCCCCUGCCCUCCAUACUGGACAACUGGAGACUUCAGCCCAUGUAGCGUGUCCUGUGGUGGGGGUCUUCGGGAGCGGUUGGUGCGCUGUGUGGAGGCUCAAGAUGGUUUCUUAAGGACUCUGCCACCAGCCCGGUGCAAAGCGGUAGCCCAGCAGCCAGCAGCAGAAGUGGAAAAUUGCAACUCCCAGCCCUGUCCCACCAGACCGGAGGUGUCACACCCUGGCCCUUGUGUGUCCACCUGUGAAGACCUGGCCUCAGGGAAUGUGACAUGUGUGCCCAGAGUGAGUGACCUGGAGAAGUCAGCAACUGCAGCUCCCUGCCUCACAGAUGAGAUGCCACCGACGCUGGAACCCUGUUUCAGGACCACAUGUUCUCCAGGCUGGGGUCAGCUGGACACCACGGCUCUGGGAGAGGAGGCUCCAACCCCUGCGGGCAGCGCCAAGCCAGAGGCUCAGGCUGCACAUGUGUGGACUCCUCUGGUGGGACUGUGCUCCACCUCCUGUGGGCGAGGUCUGAUGGAGUUGCGUUUUCUGUGCAUGGAUUCUGUCCUCAAGGUGCCUGUCCAGGAAGAGCUGUGUGACUUGGCCAGCAAGCCCUCGAGCCGGUGGGAGGUCUGCUGGGCUGGCCCAUGUCCUGCUCGGUGGGAGACUCAAGUCUUGGCACCAUGCCCCGUGUCCUGUGGAGGGGGACGAGUGCCACUAGCUGUUCGUUGCAUGCAGCUGGACCAUGGCCGACCUGUGUUUCUACCUCACUCCAAGUGCUGGCCAGUGCCUAGGCCAUUCCCCUUCAAGGACUGCAAUCCUGAGCCCUGUCCUGCUAGGUGGCGUUACAAGCUGGCGGCCUGUAGUGUGAGCUGUGGGGGAGGGCUCGCCCGGAGAAUCCUGUACUGUGCCCAGGCUCGUGGUGAGGAUGACGACGAAGAGAUUCUGCCUGACACUCAGUGCCAGGGAUUGCCUCGCCCCGAGUCCCAUGAAGCCUGCAGCCCAGAGCCCUGUCCUCCCAGAUGGAAAAUCCUGUCCCUUGGCCCAUGCUCAGCCAGCUGUGGCCUUGGCAUUGCCACACGAACAGUGGCCUGCAUGCAGCUUGACCAAGGCCAUGACAGUGAAGUGGAUGAAACUUUCUGCAAGGCUCUGGUGCGGCCCCAGGCCAGGGUCCCCUGCCUCAUUGCUGACUGUGCCUACCGGUGGCACAUCAGCACCUGGACAGAGUGCUCUGUCUCCUGUGGAGAUGGCAUCCAGCGCCGGCAUGACACCUGCCUGGGACCCCAGGCUCAAGUGCCUGUGCCAGCCAGCUUCUGCCAGCACCUACCCAAGCCAGUGACAGUGAGGGGCUGCUGGGCUGGACCCUGUGCAGGGCAGGAGACCCCCAGCUCACUGGCCCACGAGGAAGCUACUCUCCCCAGCCAGACCCAGGCUGCUGUCACUCUUGCCUCUCUGGAGUGGUCCCAGCCCCAAGGCCAAGCCCGCACCCUCUUCCCAGCCUCCCGGUCUCUGGGGCUCCAGGAAAACCUGGAAGAGUCUGGUGCUUGCGGAAGGCAGUACCUGGAUCCCACAGGAACAAUUGACUUGCGAGGUCAAGGGCAGGGAGACUGCGUGGUGGCCAUUGGGCGGCCUCUAGGUGAAGUGGUGACCCUCCAAAUCCUCGAGAGCACCCUCAAGUGUAGUGCAGGGGAGCUGUUGCUGCUCUGGGGUAGGUUCACAUGGAGGAAGACGUGCUGGAAGAUGUCUGGCAUGACUUUCAGCACCAAAACCAACACACUGGUGGUGAGGCAGCACCGUGUGCUGCCAGGAGGAGGAGGAGGAGUCCUGCUACUGUACCGGAGCCAACCUGCCCCAGGGACCUUCUACAGAGAAUGUGACAGACAGCUCUUCGGACCUCGGGGUGAAAUUGUGAGUCCCCCAGGGAGCCCGGAUGGGAGGAAUGCAAAGAGCUGCCGGGUCUUCAUCAGUGUGGCCCCACAGGCCCGCAUUGCCAUCCGUGCCCUGGCCAGUGACGUGGGCACUGCCUCCGAGAGGACCAACGCCAACUAUGUCUCGAUCAGGGAUAUCCACAGUCUGAGGACCACAACAUUUUGGGGGCAGCAGGCACUCUACUGGGAGUCGGAAGGCAGCGAGGCUGAACUGGAGUUUAGCCCUGGUUUCCUGGAGGCGCAUGCCAACCUCCAGGGUCAGUACUGGACCAUCCCACUGAGGACACCAGAACAGGACAACAGCCUGGCUCUGUCUUAGAUUUCUCUCCAACCGCCGGAAAGAGAGGCAAUCCUACACUUACGUGACCAGUCUUGGAGGGUUCAACACUAGCCUCUUGAGAGGUUCUAACGCCUGCGGGUCUUGGGGAACCUCUUUUAGGGACCUUUUCCAGGUGCAGAAGGGCUAGGGCUGCUGGGAGGUGGAGAUCGGACAAGCAGUCCCAGCCCCAGUUGCUAAUAAAGGAUACAGGAAACCCG